GAAAUCUGUGGAAUAUUACGAUCCCUCACUUGACACAUGGACACCAGUCACAGAGAUGUCUGUAUGUCGUCAAUAUGUUGGUGUAGGAGUUUUGGACGGUCUUAUGUAUGCUAUUGGUGGCUAUGAUGGACAUAAGUAUCUUAAAAGUGUUGAGGUUUAUAGACCGAGUGAUGGAGUUUGGUCUUCUGUAGCUGAUAUGGAAAUAUGCCGCUAUAGUCCUGGAGUAGCCGUUUUAGAUGGUUUAUUGUAUGUUUUUGGCGGAGAAUUAAAAGGAUCAUCUAUUGUUGAUACCGUAGAAGUUUACAACCCCAAAACCAAUAUUUGGACCAUGGAGAGAUUGUCAAGAAAUGGAGUAAAAAUUUAUGGUGGAGUAGUUGUUGAUAGACCACCUAAUUGUAUUAAUUAAUCAGCAUAAUAUAUGAUGGUCUUAUUGUUUAUAGUAAUAUG